CAACGGCAGCAGCUGGUGCAGCCGAGGACGUUACUUUGUUACAGCGGAGACCGGAGAGAAAACGGCCGAGCUGUGUCUCUCGGAAAAGUGUAAACAUUUCGGGUGAACGGCGCGACCAAACGCCUGUUGCCGUCGUUUGUCGGCGGGAGGUGUUUCAUGAACUUGUCAGCGGAUUUGAACAUUGCCUUUUUUGCCGAAAAAAAAGAGGUCUUUCUCAAAGUUGAGCCGAAGAGGAGUUCUCUCGUUCAGGAUGUCGGACUGAGACAAAGGGGUCUGGGGGGCAUUCCCGUUGGAGCGCAGGUAAAUCUUGAUUCUUGAAGUCCCCCCCUGGAUGGGAAAGAUGGAGAGGGAGCUGCAUUGGUGGAAAGGACAGCUGGCUGCAGAUAUCCAUCAAUCCCUCCGCAUAAAGGAGCUGAAGCUACCGGUCUACAGGGCCCACUCGCCGCAGAUUGGCAUGCGCCGAUACUUUGCAGACUUGCUGGCCAUCCUGAGUAAUCGCUACCAGCUAUGUCCUACAGCACGUCACCUAGCCGUGUACCUGCUGGAUUUGUUCAUGGACCACUACGAUGUGGCUGUCAAGCAGCUCUAUGUCAUUGCCCUCUCCUGUUUGCUCCUAGCUAGUAAAUUUGAGGAGAAGGAGGACCGGGUUCCCAAACUGGAGCAGCUGAACUCUCUGGGCUUUAUGUGCAGCCUGAACCUGGUUCUCAACAAGAAGGAUCUGAUCAAAAUGGAGCUUCUGCUGCUUGAGACCUUUGGCUGGAAUCUGUGCAUGCCCACACCGGCCCACUUUAUCGACUACUACCUCCAUGCCUCGGUGCAGGAGGGCGACCUGUACAACGGCUGGCCCCUCUCCUCCCUCUCUAAGACCAAGGCUUUCAUGGACAAAUACACUCACUACUUUCUGGAAGUCUCACUGCAAGACCACGCCUUUCUGAGUUUCCGACCAUCCCAGGUGGCUGCUGCGUGUGUGGCAGCAUCUCGUAUUUGCCUUCAGAUUUCCCCAAGCUGGACGACUCCUCUGCAUCUACUAACGGGCUACACCUGGGAUCACCUCACCCAGUGCAUUGAACUCAUGUUGCUUGCUCAUGACAAUGACGUAAAGGAGGCCAACAAGACCAAAUCCACUCCUCCUCACCGACCCUCCUCUCUGCAGGCUCAGCCCCAGACCUCUCACCUCUCUCCGAUGUCGGCCAUCCAGAGACCAGCCUCUUCCUCCUCCUCGUCCUCCUCCACACCACAGCUGCUCUUUCAGCCAGACGUCUUCCCACACCUUUCCCACCAUUCCCCGUCCCUUUCCCAGCUGCAUGUGCUAGCUGACUCCCAGGCUUUGGGUUCUGUAGUCAACAUGUCUCAGGACUUCCUUCAGAGCCACAGGAUGGGUCUCCUAACUGGGGCUCCUUCCAUUACUCCUGUGGCUGGGUUCCCCUCCUACCCAAGCCUGACCUCUGGUCUCGAGCCAGGGGCUCGUGCACUGCCGCUCCAGGGCCCCAUUUCUAUGCAGAUGGCCCUUGCUGGAGAGCCGCGUCACUGUCUGAGUAUGGCCUACAGCGGGGGCUACCUGGGGGCUCAUCACACGUUCACAGCGGGCUGCUUUGACAGGUGACGCCAGGAGACGGAGAGGGAACACAAACCCCUGCGGGAGUGCAGUGCUAUGCUUCCGUCCCAAAUUCCUACCCCAAAAUAUCCUUUUGCAGACCUCCUCUCUCUCUCCGUCAGCUCCACAACACCUUCAGCUUGUCCAACUGCUCCGUCACACUCGCAGAGACGCCUCAAACGCAAGCAGAGGUGCAAAGGCAAGACAGACCCGGUGGAAGUCAUCACACUAACGUGACAAAUGCUCCACAGACUCUUAUAAAAUACUGAGGCAUUGCAAAAAAUGUUACUGCCAUAUUCUGAACUGGUUUUAUAAAUCUGUGUUAUUGUGAGACUGUCAUCACUGUGAAUGAGAUGAAAGCAGCUGUGUGAUCUAACACCCACCUCAUUCAGUGCCUGUUCUCAGUUGUGUGAUAGCUGAGCCAAUUUUAGAAGCGCACAUAACACAAAAUAUCUGUGAUAAGGAUAUCUUGCUGCUUGACAUAAUUUGUUUUUAUUCCUAAUUACAAAAAUUUUUAUUCAUUUUAGGGAGGACAAAUUCGCUGGUAUUAUUUCUUGAGCCAUUUUAGAGAAGUAGAGGCUUGUCGCUGCCUUGGCAGGAAACUAAGAGGCUGUGCUUGUAAUUUUCAGUUGUCUCCUGAAUGUCAGCGAACAUUGAACUUACUCCUGUAGUCUCUGUUGGAGUUGAAGGGCCCCUCUGGGAAUUCCUCACCACAUAAGCCCUCAGAGAGGAUGAAGAAUUCCUUGUUUAGAGCACAGCAGGUGAAGUCCACAGCUCGAACAUGCCUGCAGUGUAUUUUUCUUUUCUUUUUUUUCUUUCCACCUCUCGUGUCCCUUCAUCCCUUCAUCUCUUCUCUCCCACCUCCAAAGUCGAGCCUUGUGGCAGAGCCGUUAUACACCCAGGUGAAAAUGUGGCUGUCUGGCAGCUGAAGGCUUUUGUCACACUAAAGUUUUAAUUUCAGUGUUUCCGGGCACCACUCAAAGAAUUGAACACAAACUGACGUUACUGGACCAGCAUGGUGAAGGAGACGUGGGCGUUGGUUGUGUGUUGUACAUAUGAAUUGCUGCUGCCUUCUUAUGAACUGUUGGUUCUGUGUCUGUGUUAAUGACUCCAAUGUUUACAUGAACCACUGAGUAUCAGGGACUUGAACAAGAUUACUUGAAUAUGAUGCCAUUGAAACAUGCCAUAGCUUUUAUUUAUGAUGACUUUUUUUUUUCUUUAUUUGAAUUUCAUUUUUGUUUGAUAUAAUGUAGAUUUUUAUACCAGUUUAGAAAAACACCAUGGAUUAAUUAUAGUGUUCUUUGUACCUGUUGAAACUGUGUAUUCGUGCUCAGGUUUCAAGGCUGAAGCUAGCAGCCUUCCCAUUUUUCCUGUGCUAAUAUGCUUUAAAGUGGAUGCUAAUGCAGCAUCUGCGGGGGAUGGAAUAUUCCCUUUCUUCAUCACUGGACCAUGCUCUGCUUAUAAGUCAGUUACUAAAUGCAUGAAACAAGGCUGUUUGCAUCGUAGUGGAACAACCUCGUGGUCACUGGUUUCACACACACACAUCUGUAGUCAGUCGCCGCUAAUUGCUUCCCAGAUUUCUAAAAGCUGCAAUGCCCAAUCUUCCACUUCCUGUUAAAGCAUAAAUACAUCCAGAUUCCCAGUGUUGGCCUCAAGGGUUACCAUAGUGAUACCUUAAAUGGCCACGGACCCAAAGUUCGGGAUGUUGUUGACUGAAUUAGGGCUGCAUCUAACGAUGAUUUUCAUUACUGAAUAAUGAGUCUGUUAUUUUCUCAUUUAAUCGUUUUGACAGACAGAAAAUAGUGAAGAAUGUCAGUUCUAAUUUCCGACAGCUAAAAAUUUAAUAUUCAAAUUGACCAGAAGUCCACAACCCAAAGAUAUUCAGCUCACUACCAUUUAUGAAAGGAGAAAAGCAUCACAUUUCGAGAAGCUGGAACCAGAGAAUUGGGGACGUUUUUGCUUGUAAAAAUAAUUUCUGUCGAUCAACUGAUCAUUAGGUCCACCAGUUGUUCCAGCUGUACUAUGGACCCCAACUUCUGAGAUGAUGUGGGCUGAAUUGAAACCAAUAGCUGCUCAGUGUUGUGGAAAAUUGUGAAGGAAAUGAUUAAUAACCUCGAAUUGCGUGUAGUUUGAAAGUUUUGACUUACCACUUGAGACUGUUCUGCUGUGGACUUUUGACAUGUUACCACGUUGUGCCUUGUCCCUCAGCAAGUUGCCUUGCUUGAACUGUGAACCCUCAUAGUCAGACAUGUGCAUUUCUAAGAUAACACUACAUGAAGCCUUGUGAAAACUGCAACACAGACUCGUGAAUCUCCAAACCUGUUACAGAUAGACCUGUUUGUUUUCCUUUUCAGUGAUCCUAUGCUUUUGUUUUAACUUUUUAUGUACAGGUAUGUUACAUUUUACUUUACAUUCCCUUUCAGUGUAUUUUAGUAAAAGCUUUUAGUGAUUCUCCUGAUGAAUGCUGUUGGUGUGAACUACAUUUUCUUGUUUGGUUUUUUUUUUAGUUCAGUCUUUUCCUCAUAAUUCAUGAGCAACUUCUCACUGAGGUGUCAAAGGUGCAAUAUAUUGUUUUUCUGUUGAAACUGACCACAGCCAUCACUGUCUCGUGUACACACCACUGGUUCAUCUUUUGUAACUUAUUUGAUAAUUGUGUGAUUUGACUUGCUGUAGCUUGAUCUCCUCCAGAGGGCAGUGGGCUCUGAACACAAUGAAUCUGUUGCAUAUUGCAGCCACUUCCUUUGAGUGAUGGAUAUUACUGUAUGCUUUGGUCUUUUAGCUAGAGGUUUACCACACAUUUAUCCCUCCUGUGAAAGGUGCCGAUGUCAUUCAACACUUUUCUAAUGUGAUAGUAACAAAAUGACACCACAAACAUCCAAUUUAUAUUUUUGUAUUAUUUUGUACCGAUUUGUCGUCUUGGUUUAUGUGACACUGAACGAUAGAAGGAAUUCUUUUAUCAUAAUGUGCCAUGGAAAAAUAAACUCUGAACUGAG